AUGAGAGUGCCACGCUAUUCUUUAAUUCUUUUCACAUUUACCAUUGUAAUCAUAUCCGUUGUUGGCAAUUCUACUGGUGGCCAACGACAAGAAGUACCAAUCACUGAUCGAAUCGAUUGUUAUCCAGAAGCUGAAGCAAAAUAUUCGAAUUUUUCUAAAGAUGCCUGUCUUGCUCGUAAUUGUCUCUUCGACGAAUCGACGGAUCCAAGUGGGAUUCAAUGUUAUCUGCGAGCUACUUAUGGUUAUCAACUACAACAAGAUGCACAGAGAACGCCUACUGGAAUACGAUUAUGUUUACAACGGAAUCAAGCCAUAGGAAGUCCAUUUCCAGAACCGAUUGAAAAUAUUCUACUUGAUGUUCAAUACUACACUAACGAUAUAAUCAGAUUCAAAUUGUAUGAUGCUGAUAAUCCACGAUAUGAAGUUCCACUUUCAUUAACAGCUUCAUCCGGUGAAGCGUCAUCACCACUAUACGAAUUUAUUUAUUCAACAGAUAGCGCACGUGAUAAUCUGUUUUCGUUUGGAAUUCGACGUCGUGCUGAUUCAAUUACUCUAUUCGACACAUCAAUAGGUGAUCUUGUUCUAAAUAAUCAAUUCUUGCAAAUUGUCACUCGUCUCCAAUCGCCUCAUGUUUAUGGUUUUGGGGAAAACAAUCAUGAGACACUUAAACACAAUGUCACAGAGCCUGUACAUUGGGAUACAAAUGCGAAUCACUACGGUACUCAUCCUUUUUAUCUUGUGAUGGAGCAAGUAUCAAUCUCGACUCAAGUUCCAUCGGAUCAAAUGCAUGGGGUUCUCUUAAUCAAUUCAAAUGCUAUGGAUUACUCAUUUGGACCAGAAGCAUCACUGACCAUUCGAACCAUUGGUGGUAUUCUCGAUUUUUUCGUUUUUCUUGGUCCUUCACCUGAACAAGUUGUUCAGCAAUAUACAUGGCUUAUUGGUAGAUCAUUUUUACCACCGUAUUGGGGUCUUGGUUUUCAUUUGUCUCGAUGGGGUUAUGGGAAUCUAACAAAUAUGAAAAUGGUGAAUAAACGAAAUCGAGAUGCAGAUAUUCCACUUGAUGUUCAAUAUGCUGAUAUUGAUUAUAUGGACGCAGAAAAAGAUUUUACAGUCGAUCCGAUUAAUUAUCGUGGGCUAAAAGAAUUCUUUUCUCAAAUACGUACUGAUGGAAUGAGAACAAUUGUUAUAUUGGAUCCAGGAACCAUCGAUGAUCAAAAGUACUAUGCACCAACUAUUGAAGGCAUUAAAGAAGAUGUUUUUAUUAAAUGGGAAAAUGGCAGAUUAAUGAAAGCACUGUUCAAUACGAAUGAUGAUUUUGCUUGGAAUUGGGAUAUGACUGGCACGAAUUAUACGUUGAAAUGUCCUUCAAGCAAGUUGGACGAUCCACCUUAUCGUACUAAGGCGGCAUUUCGUUAUGAUGAAACGAUGAAUCGGACAGGUCGACUUUCUGAUCACACACUGUGUAUGACUGCUCUACAAGGUGAGAUUGAUCCUGGUACUGGAAAACCAAAAUACCGUCAUUAUGAUGUACACAGUCUCUACGGAUGGUCUCAAACGAAGCCCACAUUAGAUGCCAUACAGUCAGCUACUGGUAAACGAAGUAUGAUAUUACCCCGAUCGACUUUUGUCGGUUCGGGCCAAUGGGGUGGCCAUUGGCUAGGUGAUAAUGAAGCAUCAUGGGUUAAAAUGAAACAAUCACUUAUUGGAAUGAUAGAAUUCAAUUGGUUUGGCAUUUCAUUCAAUGGUGCAGAUAUAUGUGGCUUUGAUAAAUCACCCACCGAAGAGAUAUGGAUGCAAGUUGGGGCUUUCUAUCCAUUCUCUCGGAAUCACAAUAUUUGGAAGACACCUGAUCAAGAUCCGGCUGCGUGGUCUCCAUCAGCUACAGCAAUCAUGGCUUCCGUUCUUCGCAUUCGUUACACUCUUCUUCCUUAUUAUUAUACACUCUUCUACAAAGCUCAUACUCAAGGUUCAACAGUGAUUCGUCCUUUAUUCCAUGAAUAUCCCACAGAUAAAAAUACACUGGAUAUUUUUCUACAAUUUCUCGUCGGUCAAAACAUCAUGUUAGCGCCAGUAACUGAUGAUGGUGCUCGGCAAGUUCAAGCAUAUAUGCCUUCAUCCAAUUGGUACGAUUACUAUACAGGUGUUCGGAUGUUACGUGAAAAGCAAUUUAUCACAUUGGAUGUACCUUUGAAUACUAUUCCGAUUUUUCUGCGAGGUGGUGCAAUCAUUCCUACUCAAGAACCGGCAAAUAAUACAAAAUAUUCUCGAGAAAAACCAUUUGGUCUGAUCAUUGUAUUGAAUGCCAAUGGAAAUGCUGAAGGUGAACUAUUCUAUGAUGAUGGUGAAUCGAUUGAUACGAUCGGAUCAAAAUCCUACUAUUAUGCUACAUUUAAAUGGUCUUCACAAGAACGACAAUUGAAAAUCAAUGUUGUAGAAAAUAACUAUGCUCAUAUGUCAAGUUUAAUACUAGAUUCACUAGCAAUAUAUGGAUUUGAUCAUAUGCCAAUAAUUUUUGCUGUUAAUGGCAGACAAGAUGAAUCAAGUGACACAAGAACUAAUCGAGGUGAGACUGGAUGUGAUCCUUUUCAACUACCAACACUGAUGCCAUAUUCUUCAAUUUGA